AUGCUGGAGUCAACCGUAGCAUCCGUUGAAGACCGAAAGCGCCUUGAUCUGCAAAUUGCACAAUGGCAGUUCCUGUUGAUGCAGCCAGAGUACGAUGAAGAGGAGAAGAAGAAAGUAAGGUCAAACUUCAUGGACGUUGUGAUAAAGCAGGAAAUGGCACCGUACUACGAAUAUGCUUGUUCCGAGAUGGGUAUCGAAGUCGAUCAGAUGUUGUUGAAAAAACUGAAGGAUUCGAACGAGGAGAAACUAAAAAGCUUUGACGCAAAAAUCGAGGAUGCCGAAAAGAACCUCGGCGAGUCCGAAGUCAGAGAAGCUUACGCACGCAAAGCCGAGUAUUUGUGUUCCAUAGGAGACAAGGAAAAAGCAUUGACAGCCUUCAGUGUCACCUACGCCAAGAGUGUCGGCGCAGGAAAGAAAAUUGACAUAAUUUUCACAGAAAUACGUCUAGGGCUGUUCUUCAUGGAUCACACCCUGAUCGCGGCUAAACUAGGAUUGGCGCAAGAACUGAUGGAGCAGGGUGGUGACUGGGAUCGAAAGAAUGCGCUGAAGGCAUACGAAGGUCUCUACCGCAUGUCAAUCCGAGAUUUUAAGAAAGCUGCUAAUCUGUUCUUGGACGCCGUAUCCACUUUCACCUGCUACGAGCUGAUGAGCUAUGAAAAGUUGGUGUUUUACGCCGUCAUAACCUCAAUGAUAGCCUUGGAAAGAAAUGAGCUUCGUGACCGAGUGGUGAAGUGUGCGGAGAUAAUCGAACAGUUGCAUGGGCAAGCGGAACUCCGUCAGUAUCUCUUCUCGCUGUAUGAAUGCGACUAUGCUGGCUUUUUCCGUGGUCUGGCAAAUAUGGAGACAAAACUAAAGUUCGACCGAUUUCUCUCACCGCACUACCGAUUUUAUACCCGCAGCAUGCGGGCGAAAGUCUACAAACAGUUGCUGAGUUCGUACCGCAGCCUCACAUUGCAGUACAUGGCCGAGGCUUUUGGAGUAAGCGAAAAGUUUAUCGACAAGGAACUGCACCAGUUCAUCGCCAGCGGUAUUCUGCACUGCAAGAUCGAUCGAGUACGGGGCGUGGUUGAAACCAGUCAACUGGAUAGUAAAAAUUGGCAAUACGAAUCAAUAAUUAGGGACGGUGACGUUUUGCUGAACCGCAUACAGAAAUUAAGUCGUGUAAUUAACAUGUUGAAAUAG